UUUUUAUUAGCGGUAUUGUUUUUUUUGUUUUUCUAUUAUUUUUGUUCUUGUUUGUAUUCGAGAGGGGAAAAGCUUGCUUUCCGCCUUGCGUACGCACGGCACGCACAUACAUUCGGAAGUAGAGGCGGUUUAAGCAUAUUCGCUUGUCGCUUCACAAUACACUUUGAUUAUUCACCCUUAUUACCCUUUUUUGCAUUCCAUUUUUGGAAAAAGAAAAAAAACUCGACGAAAAGGGGUGCACUACCCCGGUUAACCACAAGACACCCCUCACACCUUUUCUUUUAUUAUUUUCGUCUUAUUAUUAUUAUUGUAUUUUCACCCUAAUAAUGAUUAGUUUUCGGAGCCCGCUUUUUCGAUUCCUGCUCCUAGCACUGACGCUGGUCGGACUUUACGGGCUGAUACACGUAAACUACGACGCAGCCAGCGACUUUAUCAGCAGCAAGAAGCUCGAGCCAUACCGGCGGCAAGUAAGCUACGAGCCGGGGGCGCCCAAGCCGGUCAACGGGUGUUUUGCCGUGCUCGCUCGCAACCAGGACUGGCGCUCCCUGCGCGAGUCCAUGAAGCAAAUGGAGGACCGGUUCAACCACCAGUUCAACUACCCGUACGUGUUCCUCAAUGACGAGCCGUUCUCUGAAGAGUUUAAGAACAUGACCCGGUCGAUGACCAAUGCAGACGUCCACUAUGGGCAGAUUCCCAAGGAGCAUUGGUCGUACCCGAUACCUGUGGAUAUCACGUAUGACCCGUUCCUGUACAUGAAGGAGCGCAAGAUCCGGUACGGGUGGACUAUCGGGAUCUACGAGCUGAUGGACACUGUGCCAACACUGUGGGAGUCUGUUAAGAAGUUCAUAGCGCAUAACCCGGAUCUGAUUCCUGCGCAUAACUCCCUCUGGUGGGUGUCCCGAGACAACGGCACGUCGUACAACGGGUGCCAUUUCUGGUCCAACUUUGAAAUCGCCGAUUUGUCGUUUUACCGCAGCGAGGCGUAUACCAAGUUCUUUGACUUUUUGGACAAGGAGGGCGGCUUCUUUUAUGAGCGCUGGGGCGAUGCGCCGGUGCACUCAAUUGCUGCUGCUCUGUUCUUGCAGAAGGAGGAGGUGCACUGGUUUAAUGAUAUUGGGUACUUGCAUCCUGGGUGGCAGCAUUGUCCGAGCGGUGACGCGUGGGUUAAGAAUAGGUGCACGUGCGAUCCGAAUGACAAGGACAGGACUAUUACGGCUGCUGGGUGGGGCAAGUGCUCGCGUGAGUGGGAGCUGCUUCCGGACACUCCCGCAAAGUACCGCAAGGCCCGUGUGGACUGAAGAGCCAAUGAUUUUUCGUAUUGUAAUCUCAAUCUCAAUUUUUUUAUAUCCAUCACAAAAUCACAUCGAAAUUAUUUUUCUUU